AUGACCUUCCCUCCUAAACUCUCACCUCUCCAAUCCAGGUUUGCUGCGUCGUUGGUAGCAUCCUUGGUCCUAUUAGCGGUCUACGUAUUCCUGACGAAACCUCACUUCGCCUAUGCUGUCGAACUCGAUGCCCGGAUACCCCGAGAAGACCAUAACCACUAUCUGAUACUCGACGAGGGAGACAGUGACCUAUUUGGUGACGGAACGUACUGCGAGCAAGAGGAAGCCAGUCUUGUAGCGCGAGCGGAGGCCGGUGUGUCGGCGUUGGCCAACAAUGAUCCUCAGAACAGGAACAUCAACAUUGGCGAGACACAGCAUUGGGUCUUUCCUCAGGAGUCUAUUGACGGACCAGGAGGUGCCAUUGGUCCUGGCCUGCCGUCAGAGAAUGUGGAAGAGCGGGACCUAGAUCAAAACCUGCAUGGCCUUAGGAAGCGACAAGACGGGAAGAGAGUGUAUAUUACAAUCAAUACGUGCUUGCAACCUUCUUCGAACACCACCGGCGAUGGGCCAAACAAGUCAAUCCCGCCGCAAUUGCAGAUGUACAUCUCUCUGUCUGAAAGGGACCAGAGACCCGGGCCAGGGUCCGGCGACACCGUCGAUGUGGAUGGAGGAUAUGCCCUUUAUGAGGUGGAUGCUACCAGCGAUGUCUACAUUGGGGUGUCUGGACCCAACACGACAGACUUCACUGGCAUCUGGAACUACGAGAUAGCUGCUUCCAUCGACGCCCCUUACCACGGCUCCAAGCCCAAUGUGGCGAAUCUACAUUUCGUUGACAGCGACAACCACGCGGCACUACUCAUCACCAACGACACGACUCAGGCACAACCGAAUGAGACCCUAUACCAGGAAUGGAUGGAUCUCACCCCUCCAUGGGGAGUGUUUGCUGCCAACCAGAACGAGACGGCCAUCCUCGGAGUCAAGAACUCGUUUUGCGGAUUGAAGAACACGGCCCGCAUAGCCGCCAACGUGCCCGGUUUUGAAAGCCAGAACGUUGCCAAGAUGACCAAUCGAGGGCUGGGAGGCAAACCAAAAGAGCAGUUCUACAUCACAGGACUCAAUGCCACUUCUCGAUACUGGGGGUUCCUCGUCAUGAACGGCAACUCGACGGCGUAUGGAAAUGGUGUUGUAGGAGGCGGAGGCACCGUCUGGCAAGCGAUCAACUUCCAGACCAAAACGGAGGACAACUGCGCCUUGAUGUACAACCUCUCCUUCUGUUCCGAAGUCGCCUAUGCCGUCCCCACCAACCCGAACAGAUUCGCUCCUACGACCGGCUUGCCCGAAUUGGCCGCAUUGUACGAUUCUAACGCGGCGCAGAUGUACCAAUACUUCAACUAUUCUCUCCAGCAGAUUCCAUGCAACACCACCUCGAGCGCACAGUAUUCCUUGGCCCGGAACUGCGACGACUGCGCCCGGGCCUACAAACAGUGGCUCUGCGCCGUGACCAUUCCUCGAUGCAGCGAUUUCUCCAGCAACGAUCCGUGGCUCAAACCGCGCAAUCUCGGCCGGCCGUUUGCGAACGGCUCCAGCAUUUCCGCGUCUCAGUUAAACAUCGACCAAGCACUGCUUAACGCCGUAGCGACCAACUCCUCACGCAAUCCUAUGAUCGACAACUCCAUCCAGCCGGGGCCGUACAAGGAAGUCCUUCCUUGCAAGGAUCUGUGUUACGAUCUGGUCCAAAGUUGUCCCGCGGCGUUGGGAUUCGCUUGUCCCUUGGAGCGUGCGGGACUGGAGGACAGCUAUGGCAGCCGAAGUAAUGACUCGGGUGUCAUCAGCUGCAGUUACCUUGGUGCGGCGUACUAUCUCAGCGGUGCAGAAACCAUGGCACCUGGUGCCAUGAGAAAUGUUGCACUACUGGUGUUUGCUGUUCUACUAAUGAACCUGUUCUAG